GAAGAGGAAGUGGAUAUUGUGCGGUUUCCUUGCAAAGUUUGCGGUCGCCAGUUUACUUCUGAGAUUCUGGCUAAACACGAAACCGUUUGCCUGAAACACGCGUCAAAAAAGCGUAAAAUAUUUGAUAGUAGCAAACAGAGGACUGAAGGGAUCCCAAGACCCUUACAAAAAUCAGUUCAAGGUAGUGCAGCCGCCGAACGUGAGUACAAGCUUGCUCAGAUUCAAGAACGGAAGAACCAAUGGCGUAAGAAGCACGAGGAGUUUAUCAAUGCUAUUCGGGCCGCGAAGGAAUACACGAAUGCGAAGAAAACGGGGGCCCCACUUCCACCACCACCUCCUCCUACUGUGAAUCCAGAUCUGAUCCAGUGCAAAUAUUGCCUGCGAAGAUUCAAUGAGAAAGCUGCGGAACGUCAUAUCAAGUUCUGUGAAAGCCAGCACAAUCGAUUGUCUGCACCAACCACCAAAAAAGGUCGAGGCGGAACAUCUCGAUCCACGAAAAUUCCUGGUCGAUCCGGGGAUGAGGGAAUGCGUUCCGGAGGGAACACUCUCACAACAGUAUCACCACUGCAACAACAUCAGCCCACAACACCACAACAACCAUCGUCAUCAUCGGCUAUUCGCAAGACUAGCCAAUCUGGUAUUCGUGCUGCAAUGACGACCAACAAACCUCGAGUUAGCCCACAACCGACUGCUUAUGAAAGUGAGAUUAACCAAAACCCAAAUUGA